AGACUUUCGCGCCUAUUUCACUGGAGACGAUUUGGGUUAUUGGUUAUGACGUUCGAUGUAUUAACGUAGUUGUUUAAAGAUUCGAAUAAUUCUAAGUUAUUAAGUUUUAUGCAUGUUGUGAACUGUACUAACUGAAGUCUUGGCGUAUUUGUUUCAUCAUUUCAAAAUGUCUGGAGUCAAAAGAAAAAUCUCUGAUGGUUAUUUAGAACAGUAUGUGUGUAAUGCAAAUGAAGUCAUUAGCUUUAAAUUUGUACUAAGCAAAGAAGAUUUGAAUGAUGAAUCCGAUUGUUUCAAACCAGAGUUUACACAUCAGUUCUUUGGCGAUAGUGAAAAUAUUUUUGGCUAUAUAGGAUUGCAUAUUAAUUUUUAUUAUUCGGCCUGUAGAUUAUUACCUUAUUUUGGAAUGACAUACAGAGAAAAAAUCAAACCUUCCAGAAGUGGUGGUGUUGAAGCUGAUAAUGUUUAUCAAAUUAUAUGUGACAAGCUUGAGUUGCAACCUACAAGAGAUUUAGAUUCGUUUGUAUCUUCCCUCAACAAAGAAUCUUCAUUCAAACCUUAUGGGAAAAUGCUGAGCUCUUUCACAUUAGAAAAUGAAGUUAAAGAAGAGUAUGGAAUUUAUCAUGCCGAUAUUACCACUGUUGGUUUUAAAGAAUAUCAUCAAAAUAUGCAAACUCUGAUCCUGUGGUUUAUAGAUGCUGCAUCUUACAUUGAUGAUGAAGAUGAGAGAUGGGACUAUUUUGUAUUACAUGAACAUAUUAAUGAUAAUGGUGGAUUAUAUCCUUUUGUUGGGUAUGCCACAGUAUAUCGAUAUUAUGCAUAUCCCCAGAAAACUCGACCUAGAAUAAGCCAGAUGCUGAUUUUACCACCAUUUCAGAAAAAGGGCCUUGGAUCAAAGCUGUUGGAAGCUAUAUACGAUUACUACAUAAAAGAUUCCGAGGUUCUAGACAUUACAGUUGAAGAUCCUUCCGAAGAUUUUGUAAAAAUCAGAGAUUUUGUAGAUUGUAAAAAUUGUCAGACACUUCCUAGCUUUAGUGAGGAAAAUUUAAGAAAGGGUUUCUCACAAGAUAUGGCUGAAGAUGCAAGAGAAAAAUUCAAAAUCAACAGAAAACAAGCUAGGCGAAUUUAUGAAAUUCUUCGCCUCCGUUGCACUGAUAUUACAAAUAAAAAAGAUUACAAAGCAUAUAGGUUAGAUGUAAAAAAUCGUUUAAAUGCCCCACAUCAACGAGAAAAACUGGAUAUGGAAAAAUUACAAAGAAAUUUGUCACCUGAGGAAUUGAAAGCUGCUGCUAAUCCAAUCCCUCGAGAACAGAGAUUUGAACAGUUAGAUCACAUGUAUAGAGAACUUGAGGAAAAGUAUAAGCAUGUUCUUGAAAGACUGAAUGAAUUGUAAUUUUUUUUUUUUUUUUUUUUUUUUUUUUUAUUUUUCAGGUUAAAUAUUUUAUCAGAUUUUUAAAUAGCUCCUAACUUUUUUUUUUUUUUUUUCCCUAAGUAUGUUUGCAUUUUAUCAUGUUAUUUCAGCUGUGUUGUUAUUUAAAACUAGUUAGAUUACUGUUUGUAAAAGCCUACUAAUGUUUUUGAUGUAUUUUUUUAUCAUACAGAAAUUCUAUCUAUCCAUUAUUAUCUAAAUGAAUAGUUAAUCAGUGUAAUAUUUUUAAAUGGAGUGUGAUGAUAGCAGAAGUUUUGAAGUGUUAUGUUAAAAUUUAUGAUGAAUUACGAACAGAAAAAUGCCUCAGUGAUAAGUCAGGUAUCUUUAAUUAUAAAAUUUGGCUGUUAGACAAAUGAAAAGGGAACUGUGUUGAGGAAAAAAGUGUCCUUUUAAUCUUUUAGUAUUUGAUUUCUAAUAUCUGAUUACUUAUUCUAUUUUUAUUGUAGUUAGUUAUUCAGUAACUGUAACAUAUUUAAAUUAAAGAUUGGUAUUUUAUUUCCUAUUUUUUCUGAUUAUUUUCAGUGUGUUGACUGUUGAAUUAAACUAAUAAGUUACCAGGUAAAUGUUUCGUUGGAAAUUAUUUUUGAUUAAAAUGAAGAUUUGAGCUAGUAAUAUUUCAUCAAAUGUAUGAUGUAAUGGAAAAUAAACUAUUUAGGCCUAAAGAAA